UGCUCUGCAGCUCUACAGGCGCUGUGCUGAGCUGCCGAGAUCUUUGCCCAGGCAGAGGUACCAGUUUCCUAUUGCCAGUUGCGAGCUUUGCCUGCCACUCCGCGUGCCGUGCCGGUGGUCGAAUUGGUCGGCAUCAAGCGUCUGUCGAUCAUGGGGAGCCACCGAAGGAUUACUGGUGCCCCGCCGGCGUCGGCGCUGAUGCUGACCCUGCUCUGCGCGUCGUGGGUGCUCGCCGCGGCGCAGAACUACAGUGCCAUCUUCAACUUCGGCGACUCCAUCACAGAUACCGGCAACCUGUGCACCAACGGCAGGCCGUCGCAGAUCACCUUCACCCAGCCGCCCUACGGCGAGACCUUCUUCGGCACCCCGACAUGCCGCUGCUCCGACGGCCGCGUCGUCGUCGACUUCCUGACCGACCAGUUCGGACUGGCGUUCCUCCCACCGUCCAAGUCGAGCAGCGCGGACUUCAAGCAGGGCGCGAACAUGGCGAUCACGGGCGCGACGGCCAUGGACGCGCCCUUCUUCCGGUCGCUGGGGCUCUCCGACAAGAUCUGGAACAACGGGCCCAUCAGCUUUCAGCUCCAGUGGUUCCAGCAGAUCGCCACUUCCGUCUGCGGGCAAAGCUGCAAAAGCUACCUGGCCAACUCCCUAUUCGUGUUCGGCGAAUUCGGCGGCAACGACUACAACGCCAUGAUUUUUGGCGGCUACACCACUGAGCAGACCAAAAAAUACACCCCGAAGAUCGUUAACACCAUCUCCAGGGGCAUCGAUAAACUGAUCGCCAUGGGCGCGACGGACAUCGUGGUGCCGGGGGUGCUGCCGAUCGGGUGCUUCCCCAUCUACCUGACCAUCUACCAGAGCUCCAACAGCAGCGACUACGACGACCUUGGUUGCCUCAACAAGUUCAAUGACCUCUCCACAUACCACAACACCCUGCUCCAGAAAAGGAUCGACAUCAUCCAGAGCAGGCACAGGAAGACGGCACGGAUCAUGUACGCCGAUUUCUACUCCGGCGUCUACGACAUGGUCCGGAACCCGCAGAAUUACGGGUUCAGCUCGGUGUUCGGGACGUGCUGCGGGUCGGGCGGCGGCAAGUACAACUACCAGAACAGCGCCCGAUGCGGAAUGCAGGGCGCGUCCGCGUGUGCCAGCCCCGCCGCGCACCUCAGCUGGGACGGCAUCCACCUCACCGAGGCCGCGUAUAAGCAGAUCACUGACGGCUGGCUCAAGGGGCGCUACUGCCGCCCGCCCAUCCUUCACAGCUAAUAAGCCAGGAUUUGUAGUAUUUAUUGAUAUGGAUUAAUUGAGGAGGGGAUUAAUUGUUAUCUUAUCGAAUUUGUUAUUUCUUUAAUUUGGAGGUGUUUAUUAAGUUGCCCAAGAAAGAAAUGACGGCAACUGUGGAAAUGUAACCAUCGUCGUUGCUGUAACUUGCUUUUGGUGCGAUAGUUUUAUCACAAA